AUGUCGGGGCCGUCGGCGUACGUCCGGUCCAUGGCAGCGGCCCAUCUAGCCCCUCGGCGUAGACAUACCCUCGGCGUAGAGACGGAUACGCCGACGGCCACCCUCGGCGUACUAAAGGGGAAACCGAGGCGAGGCAGCACACACUGUGGGGGAAACCUCAGCUACGAGCGCUACAAGGGGAAGACGAGGGCCGCGUUAGGACCCGAGGAGGAGAUGUCUGACCUCGAGAUAUACAACAAGAUGCGGCUUAAGAAGCCCGAUCUCUCGCAGCCUCAGCCCUCGCUCCCUGAGUACUUCGGCACCUACGCCGAGGACGUCGAGAACUACUGCGAGAUGGUGAGGCAUCGUCACCCGGAGGUGGAUGACCCCAUGAGCGCGGAGGUCGACGAGGAGUCGUUGGUCCUGUCGUCCGGAGGGUUGCCGCAUGGCCGUCUCGCCAUGCUGAACAAGGCCGUCAAGCAUACCCUCACCACGACCUUCACGCGUCUCAAGGCGGGACUCACCAAGGACAGCCCCCCUCUCCCGCCUCGUCGCCGGGCUCGGCAACCCGCAUACGACGUAAGUUUCCCUCAUUUCCAUCCUCUUUCCGACUUUCGUUCAUACAUUGCUAAGUGCUAACGAGACAUGAAUUUGUGA